ACUAGUCACGACUAGCUAGCGCGGAUGCGCGACUAGGCGAGUGCGCGCACCGGGACCACUGUUCUCAAGUAGUACCCUGGAUGAUCAUAUUUGGAAUACCUUUGAUCAGAGUACUACGCUAUCAGGGCUGGCCUAGGGUUACACAUCAUCAACAACCACAGCAGUCAGUGCGUUGAAGAAUGUUAACCAAUGACAGUUUUGCUGGCGAGGUUCCUCGGUCCGUUUCUUGUCGGUGCUCAAUUAAUAAAAUCUCCAUUGGUACUCUGGUAUUUAUUGUGUCUCUUUGGGUUAAAAUUUUGAAAAGAAAUCCAUGGCAGGUGUAAUUGUUCAGUAUAUUGUCGUCCGUAAGGAUUUACUCGAGAAGCUCUCGUGGCCCUUAGGGGCGGUCAUCGCUCAAGCGUGCCAUGCUUGCUCAGCUGUUUUACAUCAACACCAAGACGAUGCCGGUUGUAAAGAAUAUUUGGAGAAGAUAGACAGCAUGCACAAAGUGAUUCUACAGAUUCCCGAUGAAGAAAAGCUGCGUCAACUUUCAUCUACCCUUCUCUCUAAUAAUAUUGAUCACAAACUCUGGAUUGAACAACCUGAAAAUAUAGCUACCUGCCUGGCCACGAAACCUGACCAGAAAGAAACAAUACAAAAGUAUUUCAAAAACUUGAAACUGUUUAAAUAGUAAAAAAAGACAUGUUGACUACUUGCAUAAAUAAAGAACAAAAGUUUGGAUUUUAAGA